AGUCUUGCUGCCUGCCUUCUAUUUGGCCUUCGCUGCCUUUCCCCUUCCCACCUACGCUGAGAAGCCAUGGAGGGCCUGAGGAAGCUACUGGUGGAGAAGGCGAGGGAGGUGAAGGGGGCGGACGAGCUCAAGGAGAGCGUGACGGAGUUUGUCAAGGAGAAGCUCGCGCAGCUGAUCCAUGUGUUGCAGGACGCCAUCGGGUUCCUGGCGGAGAAGCUGGACCUUGUCUUCCCGCCUGAGACCAGAGCCGAGACGCUGCACCGAUGGCUGCACGUUGGCUUAACGGUGGUCCUUCCCGUGGCUGUUGUGCUCCUCUGUCUCUACUGCUGCUGCUGCCGCGGCAACCGCUGCUGCUGCGGCGGCGGCAGCCGCGGCACUGGCCGGAUGAUGAGGGCGCCCGGGCGGCACGGCGCCGUCAUGCCCCGGGCAUCCUUCGAGAGCGACCCCCGGGGUUACUUCAUCAACCUUAGAGCCAAGAAGGAUCUUGUGUUCUAGAAGAACACUACAUGAUAAAUGCAUGGGGAGAGAGAGAGAGAGAGAGAGAGAGAGAGACAAAAGGAUCAAAAGCA